UUUUAGACCAGCUUUAGCCUUCGUUUCGAACUCGACGGACAUUAGAAUAAUUUUCUCCAUCAAUAAUUCUACUCAAAAUGUGUUUCAAUAAUACAAAAAAUGACUUGUUUGAGAGAAAGGGGCGAAUAUUGUUUUCGAUCGUCAAUAUUGAAAGACCCUCAAGAGUGUCGGAAACAAUGUUAAGAUUUGCAGCCCAAACAUUUUUCCAAGCUCAACUGGAAUUCCAGGAAAUUGAAAAGAAUCCGGCGCACCAAGAUUAUAAUUUAAGGAGAGACGCUAUGCACGAAUUCGAAGUCCCAUUUUGCAGGCAGAAAGAUAGAUUUUAUGUCGCAUAUGAAAGAUGUCAUCCUGAUGCAACACGUGAAGAGAUUCAUGCCGAGAUUAAUCGGAUCUGCGACGAAGUUAAAAAUAGUUUAAAUUAAGACGAGGAGAAUGUUAAACGGACGGCGAAUAUACAUAUGCAUUAUGUUUAUUUAAAAGUAAGGAAUAAUUGUCUGUGUAAUGUAUCCAGACUCAUGAUUGUUUGAAAAAAAUUAAUAAUUUCAAAUUUAAUUCUUAAAAUUUGUGUUCUUCCAACGUCAAUAAUACUUAUGAUAUUAUGUUUCGAUGCAAAAAGUUGCAAAAACCUUUCUACUAAAACCAGUGUUUCUUUUUGUGUUAUUUUUAUGCAUGCAUAGUGCAUAAAAAUGCACAAAAAUGCAUAAAAACGCAUAAUAAUAACUGAAAUGCAAUUUAUGCAGGGAAUUUCAUAUUUUCAAGGAAUUUUAUACUUUCCUAUCCGGUGGAAUGGGGAUAAGAUUAAGUUACCUGAACCUCUAUACCUUACCACCCUACUAGCUAGCCAGAGUUCUAG